CAGCAGAUCAUGUGGUGCGGCGGGAGGAAGUGCGGCUUGUUUUCCCGGCUGGGCUCUGGAGCGGCGGGUGCGGCGCGAUGCGCGGGUACCCGGCAGCGGACGGCUGCGAGCCCCGAUGAAGCCCGAGCGGCCCCAGCCCGAUGGAGCCGCCUCCGUGGGAGCCGGUGCGCAACGACUCGCUGCCGCCCACGCUGAGCCCGGCCGUGCCGCCCUAUGUGAAGCUCGGCCUCACCGCCGUCUACACCGCCUUCUACGCGCUCCUCUUCGUGUUCAUCUACGCGCAGCUCUGGCUGGUGCUGCGCUACCGCCACAAGCGGCUCAGCUACCAGAGCGUCUUCCUCUUCCUCUGCCUCUUCUGGGCCUCGCUGCGUACUGUGCUCUUCUCCUUUUACUUCCGAGACUUCGUGGCGGCCAACUCGUUCAGCCCUUUCGUCUUCUGGCUGCUCUACUGCUUCCCCGUGUGUCUGCAGUUCUUCACCCUCACGCUCAUGAACUUAUACUUCACGCAGGUGAUUUUCAAAGCCAAGUCAAAAUAUUCUCCAGAAUUACUCAAGUAUCGGUUACCCCUCUACCUGGCCUCACUGUUCAUCAGCCUUGUUUUCCUGCUGGUGAAUCUGACCUGUGCUGUGCUGGUGAAGACAGGAACCUGGGAGAGGAAGGUCAUCGUCUCUGUGAGAGUGGCCAUCAAUGACACACUCUUCGUGCUGUGUGCCAUCUCUCUCUCCAUCUGCCUCUACAAAAUCUCCAAGAUGUCCCUGGCCAACAUCUACCUGGAGUCAAAGGGUUCAUCGGUGUGUCAGGUGACUGCCAUCGGCGUCACCGUCAUCUUGCUCUACGCUUCGAGGGCCUGCUACAACCUGUUCAUCUUGUCAUUUUCUCAGAUCAAGAAUGUCCACUCCUUUGAUUAUGACUGGUACAAUGUAUCAGACCAGGUCAGUGGGGCAUGGCAAGGUGCUGCCUGCAUCCCACAUCAGUGGGAUGUGGUGAGGUACUGUCUCAGGGGGACCAGGUCAGUGGGGACCAGGUUAGUAGGACGCAGUGAGUGCUGCCUGCUGGAAGGCCAGACUCCCUGUUUCUGCUGGUGUACAGUGCUGGGUGUACAGAAGGAAACAAAUAUCUUCCCUACCCCAUGGGAGUUGAUGGGUCACUGAUGUGCAGACACAGAUAAACCUGUGUUGUGGAGAAGUGAACCCCUCUAAUAAGACUCUAUUGGAUUGCUUUGCAAUACUCCUUAGUGUUAUCUAGAACAACAGCAAGUACCCCAAAGUGUGUAAGUCCAGGUAUAAAAAUCCUACCAGUGCUCACAGCUGGAACUGAUUUAAGACAGUGAGAUAAAAAUAAAAUGACCUCAGUGAGCUAAAUCUACGAUGGCUAGAUCCCUGGGAAAGAUGAAACCAUGGCUGUAACCUAGUAACCCUGGCCAAGCCUGCCCGACAGGUGCAGCAGGGAGAAAGCUGGGCAAGGAUGCUCAGGUCCUUGUGCCGUUUGAGAAAAACCAGACAUGAGGUCCCUAGACCACCCUACACAGUGGAAGAUUAUAGAGAUAGAUGUUCAUCAUACACAUAAGGGUUUUCAUGAGCAGACCAGUAGCAUCAGUACGUACACGUUCAAACCAUCACUACUGCUCUUGACCUGUUCAUCUUUCCAAACUGAAGCUUCAUCAAGCAACAGAUUUGGUCUUAACAAGUUACUUCCAUUUUCUUUCCAUCAAGAACUUAAAACCUUCAUGUUUGGGGUGUGAUGGUUUUGAAAUGCUUGUUUUUGUUGUUUCAAGCAUCUAUGCCUUCUUGGGGAAAGGCAGAUAGCACUGGGCUGGGCUGUGGUGGUCUAGGAAGAGGAGGAGACAUGAGUGCCAUCCCCCUGGGAAAGAGCGAGGCAGCUUCCAGCACGAUGAGCUAGAGAAGGCUUGAGGACCAGGCUGUGGCUCAGUGUUAGCUUCCCUGAAAUGGGCUGAGAAGCUGCCACAUCUGGUGUCUCUCUACUCUGGGACCUUCUCUCCAUGAAACCUCCAUGGCCCUCCCCUUGGGCAUUGCCUUGCUCAGAGGACUCUUCCUGGACAAACUGCCUGUGGUCAGCUCUCAUGGAGAGCAGGGUGUGGCUGUUGUGAUAGGACUCUGCACAGACAAGCUGCUGUCCAUUAGGAGGAGUCUGGGCUGGGGUGUGGGCUCUGGGUUCAUCCCCUGAACUGCAAAAGUGAGUGAGUGGCCCGUCGUAAAUAUCCAUCCAUAAUGGUUUCCACCGUCCUCCAGCUGAGGGAGGCCUGACCCAUCACUGUGACCAGGUUUCACAGUGUAGGCUUUUGGGGGAGCACUUCACUGUAGCUAGGAGUGUCCUCUGCUCUGUGCCCUCCAUCACUGGUUGCCUGAGGUCUCAGGACUUCAUUUUCC